CUCGCAAGUUAUUUCACGUUCGACUGUCAGUCCGUACGGUAGCCUUUUCCAGUGACAAGCGAGCAAUCGUUCCACUGUCGGUUUGUCUGCCCCAGUAUAAAACGAGUUAGCGUGUGUGUGCGUUUGCUUUCGUGCGUGCGUGCGUGCCCCUUGUGUGUAGGGAAGCAAGGUUGCAUUGUCGGGAAACUACUUUGGCUCUCCAUAGGCGCCAGCUGCUGUCACCCGGGAUCUCUCUGCUACCGCAUCAUCAUCCGACUCCUCUCGAUCUUGGGUCAUUCCGUUGUGUACCCUCCUACCGCUCGACAAGCGGAGCGUGCGUUCGUCGAAAAAGGCGCAAUUCAGCGAAUUAAUCAGCAGAAUUAAAUGAACCGAAGCGUUCCGUUCAGGGCCAACUUACGGCAAAACUGUGCUGCUCGUCGUAUGCUGCACUCUGCCCGUGAACGGCUGGAAAACGAGUACAGCACACACUAAUUAAAGCGAUAGCGGAUUCCUAGAAGAAAAACCAACACGCACCGAGAAGCGGACCGAGAAGACAGAGAGCACACAUUGUACGGCUGUCAGCUUGAGAUCUUGUCGUGUGUCAGGAAGCAUCGUCCAAUACUGUAUUGGUUCAUCGUAUUGUCAGUGGAUAAAGUCACUAAAGGAACAGUCACAACAGUGUCGCGGUGUCCAAAUCAGCGCCGAAUAGUUUGCAGUCAUCAUCGCGUCUUGAUAACGCAUUUGAUAGUAAAACUUGUGGUAGUUUCCUCAGCGGUUAUUAACCGUCCUACCCAUCUAUUGGGCCCCGUGGGACGUUGCAAAUUUCAAUUAACGGCAAGCGAGUGGCACUACUUGCCUUGUCCUUGACGACGAAGCUCUGGUGCUGUCCCCCGUCCAUCGCGAAUCGCACGAGAUCCAUUGAUUCCUCACUUUAUUGCGCAACAACCGCUUGAACCGGACGACAAGAUAGAUCAAGCGAUAAUUGAUCCUGUAACGCUGCUACUGCACUGGUGUGGUGUGCAUCGUUUCCUGGAACCGUUGGACGGCUUGUGUGUGUCCUUCUUUAGUGUGUAUGGUUGAAAGUGUGGUGUGAGUUAGAGCGUAUACAUACCCUUAAGGGGGUGAAAAGAAGAGUGUACUGCGUUGUGCUUUCUUUCGUUUGAAGCACGAAACAGAAUUUUUGCUACAUAAUUCCUUAGCCCUGAGUCGUCCUUAGCAGAUCGUGGAAGUGUAAAAAUGUCCGCACAUUAAAUAGGGGUAAACCCGAAUCACUCGUCAAUCACUUAACUAACCGUAUCGAUUGUGGUACAGUGCAUUUACCAAGUGCAAGUGUGAGGUUGGCAUAAAACAGCAAGUGGUAAUACAUACAGAAGCGUGUGUCCUUCCCCAACGAAACCGGCGACGAAGCGAAUAUAAAAUGAUGGCAAUGAUGAUGAUGGCGCCUGUUCGGAAAAGUGCUUGCAGCAGAUGCGCACCAAUAUCGUCCACCUGCUGGUUGCUGCUGCUGAUGUGUAUUUCCAUCGUUGUUGCCGUGUCCGUCAGCGCGGAAAAUCAUUGCAGCGAGCUGCGGUACGAACAUUCGCUCAACACCCACCAUCUACAGUUCACGAAGGAGAUCCCCGACCGGGAGUACGGUGUGCUGAAGCAGUUCAAAAGCCUGCACUGUUGCGGCAAGGGCUACCGGAGCAUCGAAUGGUUCAAAAACAACAAGCCACACCCAUGGAGCAAGGACGUGUCGUCCUUCAUCGUGUACCCGGAAGCGGCCAACCAAACGAUCUACAGCCCGCGGCUAGAGGAGAACGAUAUCGGCAACUACAGCUGCAUACUGCGAAACGAGACGCACGCAAUCAAGCACGAAAUCGAACUGCGGUUACAGGAUAAAUUGGACAAUCCGAUGCCGACCUUCCGGCCGAAGGAUCUGGUGGUGAGCGUGGGCGAAAGUGCCCGGUUCUACUGUGAGGCGUUCGUCGGCAACCUCUACCUGCCGGACGCGACCAACGAGAUCGUCUGGAGCCAAAUGUUUGACGACCAUCCGCACAACGUUACCGACAGCAUGCAGGUGAACGUGACUAGGGAGGAAGGACAAAUCAUUGGUUCGUACCUGUCGAUACCGAACAUCCAGACACACCACUACGGACGCUACCGGUGCCAGAUCGUAUCGGGAAAUUCGGCCCAAAAGCUGAACCUGAGCGUGCUGCUCUCGCCGGUCGAGGUGACCGCAAUCACCGACACACAACUGUCCGUGCUGGUGUACGUAAUGGCAACGCUGCUCCUGGUGCUCGUUAUACUGUUUGCCUGGAUCUGCCGGACGGUACAGCAGCGCACCACCCACAAAAAGGAUAACCGCUGUUCGGCCCAGUUUAUCGCGAACAAUGAGCACGAGAACGUCUAAAGCACUAAUCCUGGUGCAUCCAGCAUACAACAAAAACCCGGGGGCUCUGUACAUGGGUGUGUGCAUGUGUGUGUGUGCGGGGAUGGUGGUGGUCACGUUUUUGUGUAGACAGGUUGAAGAGGAGUCUCGUCCGGCUCCUGGGCGUCCGGGCUACUGCAUCUCUCUAAGCAACGGAGUCUUCAAAUUCGUUCCCGACUUUAGUGUCAAUGUUCUGUACAGUUAGUGUUAGUAUGCAAAAAAAGAACAACAAAACAAACGAGAAGGCAACACUCCAAUAACCGGGGCGGGAUAGGAUAAAGAAAAAUGGCAGAAAGUCAGAGGAAGAGAGAGAGAGAGAGAGAGACAGAGAGAGAGAGAGAGACAGAGAGAGAGAGAGAGAGAGAGAGAGAUACACACACACAUUCCACCGCGUCUUUUUCUUCUGUCCCGAGACACUAAAAACUCGGCCCAGACCAAUGGACGCUUUCGCUGUGAAUCCCUUUUUCUUCCUUGUGUUGUAUCGUCCUGGUGAGGCGAGACGCUGCAAAAACACGGAAAAUCCUGUCGGAGAACUGAGAAACAUCCCAUCCACCGCCGCCACCCACCACCCCCGCGUGUGGUACAAACCGCGAAACCACAAAACUGCAUUUAACAAAGUAUUAUGAAUGAGUUUUGCUAAAAGCAAUCACUAGGAUUAAUGUGGGGCCGUUACUAAAUAGACGAAGAAGAAGAAGAAGAAACGGGGGGAAAACAACUACCGCUGCUGUAACCGUAAUGUCGAUCGAUGUGUGCUUAUAUUACCACUACCAGUGUUGUUGUGUUGUGUAGGAUGAACAAAAAAAAAACAAAACGGCAACAGCAUUUUGGACUUUGCUUUUCGACAGUGCGGCAAGUCAGGUGCCUGAUUCCUGAUGAUCCUACGCGAUCCUUGUCGAACGAGCGAAAGAGGAAUUUGUUAAAAACACAUACAUACACACACAUACAUAUAUUUAUCGGGUAUGAACUAUAAAAACACAUUGUAUACGAAUGCUGUAACCAACAAACGACAAACCAACACAAACACACAAGGUCCAAAGGAGCCACCAUACAAACACACACGCAUGCACCAAGAGGCGCGCGCUGCCCGGGAGCAGGACAGAUUACAGAGGAUUUACCGGGUGUUUUUUAAGCUGGUAACAUCACUUUUCAUUGCUGUAAAGGACUAUUGCAACAUCCGAUGGAUAAGAAUUUCAACACCGUCAAGUCAUAUUGCAACCUGUCCUGUCCAACUGAACUCCAGUGGUUCUCAAGUCAAACCAGAUGAAACAGUCCUCCACGGCAAUGCAAAAUGGUGUUAACAUUGAAAAAUGAGCCUGUAAAAUCCUGUAAUAAGACAAACACAGGCACACACUGUUAAGCUAACUAUGGCGAUAAUCAAAAAUACCGCAAGUAAUUUAAAAACUCUAUUUUCACUCCUGUCAUUGAAUGUAAAGGGGCAAGAGCAAGGGACGAACCACACGCACACACCAUAUUCUAGUAGCUUCCGGGGCGUGCUCGCGCGCGCGGUCGUUUGUGUGCGUGUUAGUGUACAUAAACUAAAAGACGUUGUAUGAUUAUCCUUCGAAAGGAGACACGCAACACAAAAACACACAUUGGACACGGGCAAAACCGUGUUACCUAUUUGUGAGACUAGUGAUUGUAGUUGUGGUAAACACACACCCCCCAGACACGCGCAGAUAUAAGUGAACUUGAGUAACCGAGAAAUGCAGCGCUCGCACACAAUAUGAUGAUGAGCUUAAACUGUAGGCCGAGCCGAGCAAGUGGUGUGACGUGCUACAGUGAUUACGCGCAAUAAUCCGCGUUGGCGACAGGGCGCAAACAGACGCACGUGGUGAUCGUUUAAUUUAAUGACACACUAUUUAUUAACUCCGCGAAGGAUGUGGCAGAGCGUGCGAAAGCUGCUAAACAAAUGACACAGUGACUAACUAUGUAACUACUUAUAUAUAUAUAUAUUAAGAUUGUAUUGAUUAGAUUGAUUAGGGAGGGAGAGAGAGAGAGGGGGGGGGGGAGGAAGAAACGACAACAGGCAGCUGAAGGAGGGGAAACUCCACCACUAAGGAAGUUGUACUACGUUUAGUUCAUUUCGUAGGUUCGUUUUCUCUGCAUUGUACAUGGUUUUUUUUUUUGACACUCCACUGGUUUGAGUGUCAGGUCCGGGAAUGAUUUGUACAGCUUGUAAAGGCAGUUUUAAUUUAAACGAUCUCGUUUUAGGGGUAAACUGUGAGGCCGCCGUUUUGUUAAGAUUUAUUUUUUCAUUACCAAACGCUUCAUCUUAGAUUUCAAAUUUCCCCGUUUUGCAGUGGUAGAUAAAAGCGCUUGGCUAUAUGUAUAAGGGCGCAACGAACGCCGCAUUCGUUGCAACGUGAUAAAACCCACAGAAACAAAAACAUCCCCAGCCGGUGUAAAUGCGUCGUAAACAAGACUCAGCAGCGUAAACAACGCAGCUCUGCCAGCUCCCAAUUGUUUGUUUGGUGUGAAAAGAGGCGAGAGAUAUCGAAUUUAAUAUGAACCCUUUCCUACCGUUCGCGUCUAAAGGGCGUAUCAUUCUGUGAAGACUAAGCUAUACAAAACAUACAAAUUAUAAUGAAAUGAAGAAACAAAAACAAAAUCAUACAAGAAUGAUAUAACAGUACAGGCAACAACUACUCAACAUGCUAGCUCCUCCUAAAACAGAACUAAACGCGCUUCAGAAUGAACCCAGCUCGGCAGUUCGAAAGGCUGCGGAGUUCUUGUUGCUGUGCUACUACUCCCCACCCGGGGCAGUCAUAUGAUGGUUGGUUGGCAAACCAAGCCGAUGGUUUGGAAUUUAGUAGAGUGCGAAGUUUGUGAGAACUGCUGCCACCGUAGCGCAUGGAAGAGUGGAAACAUAAUCGAUAAACAACCCACAUUUAUUAAUAGAAAAAUCAAAAAAAAAACCCUAUCUAACAUUGCCGUACUCCAGCCAUGUUUAUACUACAA